GCGAUCGGAUUGCUUUGCUUAGCCUCAACGCAGUGCUCAAGUUGCUCUGCUACUCGGUACUCAAUUCACAGUUCAACAAUACGCGUUUGAGUGAUUACAGAGCGUUGAAUUGCCAAAACAUGAGUUCAGAACUGCGCAGCAGAGCAACCCGCACAGCGUUGAAGCAUUUACGCAAAAUACACAAAAUUGAUUCUGGUAAAACCUAGUACCCCAAAUUUCAGUAGCAUUUUCUUUCUAUCCAUCUCCAACUCUUUCCCUCAUUGUUUAUACUUACUUCGUUUCUCUCGUCUUUUUCCUAUUUCCUAAGCCAUUUCGUAAUUACAUGAUUCACAUAUUUGUCUCCAUUGGACUAAGUAGACCUCUUGUAAGCCAUGAAGGAUACUGGAGACUAGUUAAUCUUUUUUUCAGUCUCAAGAUUCCUAUCACGCAUAAUUUCACAUAUAGAGAAGCAUUAACCAUGGUCAUCCUCGGGGCAUCCUUCAGAUACCACAUAAGGAAAGAAUUCCAGCUAAAUAAUAUUGCAUUUGUAUUGCCAACCAAACAAUUGGGGAUCUAUAAAAGGACAACACAACUGCGGGCGUUGCAGAUUGCAACAGGUUUGCUUAGGAAGAAGGGAAAAUCUGAAUUUUGCAAGAAGCCAUCUUUGCAACGUGUCAGAAAUAUCGUAGAAUCACCCUUAUUCGAUGUUAGUUUAGGGUUGAUAAGCUGCUGAAAAUAUUUUUGAUGUGUUCUUAUGUUCAUGAGUCGAGGGGAAUACGGUAUUUUCCAAAAUUGCUAAAAUGGGUUGCAUGAAGUAGCAAUGGCAAGCUUCAAGAAAUUCAAGUUACUAAAUUCUAUUCAUAUAAUUUAAUAAAAACAAAAGUGUUUAUAGGU